AUGGAAUCUCUUAUUAAAACAGAACCCUUGUACAACAUCUCGUAUGCAAAAGAAUCACCAGGAAUCUACUUCGAUUACAUCUCCGACAUGCAUACUACAGCUGCAAAUUGGGAGAUAGCAAUAUAUUUAAAUGUAUCCAUUUAUCAGGCACAUUAUUUACAAAUCAAACAUUUCCAGAAUGAAACUCUAGAACUUUGCAAUAAAGCGACCGAAAGUUUUUCAAAUGAAUGCACUUUCUUAUGCUUAAAAAAGAAAUUUUAUACAGCUGAAAUUUGUUCGUUGUUUAAGAAUACAUCAGAAAAAGUUUUGAACGAAUUUGAAUUUGAGACUAACAAAUUAGUCCAAAUAAUUGAAGAACAAGAUCAUUCAAAACAUAAACGUGAUGUAACUAAUAGUAUAAAAGAAAUGAUAUAUACUCUGUUCGGGUCUAUAAAAAUGGACGAUGUUUAUAAAUUAUACUCGAAUAUUAGAACAAUGAUAAAAAGUGGACAGAAAUUUCAAAAUUUAGCAGAAAGGAAAAUUAUUCAAAUCUUACAUUCGGCUAUGUAUGGGAAGUUACACCCUUUAGUAAUAUCAUCAAAUCAAUUAUUAGAUGAAAUUAAAUUGAUAAAAUUGAAUCUUUCACCUGACUUAAAUAUUCCUGUAAAAUUAGAUGUAUCUGGUAUGUCUGAACUGUAUAGAAUAAUGCAAACUACAAUCGUUAAAAGUGAUGAUUUAAUUAUAUUCAUCAAUACUAUUCCCUUAGUAUUAAGUAACAUGUAUAAACUAUAUAAUGUUCUACCAAACCCAGUAUAUUUAGAAAAUAAUAGAUUUAUGUUCAUACAACCUAGGUUUAAGUUUAUAGCCAUAACUAUUGAUCAGGAAUAUUUUAUUAACUUAAGCGAAAACGAUGUUAGUUUGUGUACUGAUACAAACCGUUUUAAAAUUUGUAAAAACUUUUUAGCCAAAAGGGUAGUGACAUCAAACGAGUGUGAAAUAAAUUUAAUUUCUUAUUCAGAUAUAACAGAAUUAACAGAUUUUUGUAAAAUAAAAUACACUUCAUUUAAACAUGGGAUUUUUCAUAAGCUUAUGUCAUCAAAUUCGUGGAUUUUCACAGUAACAAACCAAAAUUUGGUUUUAACGUGUUACAAUAAAGAUUCAAUUACAGAAGUAAUUACUGGAUCAGGAAUAUUAUCACUAAGCGAACAAUGUUCUGCAAUUUCAGGAGGUUAUCGCAUGAUUCCGUUUAGAACAAUUUAUUCAGAAUUAAAAUCAGACUUCAUACCAACUAUGAAUUUAACUAAAUAUGUACAUAAUGUUAACACAAUAAAAGAAUUCGUAUCCCCAGAAAUUGUAUUUUCAAAAUAUAAAGAUGAUAAUGAAAAAAUUAAAAAUGUCAAUGUAAACCAACCGAGUUCGACGGAACCAAAUGAACAAAAUAAAGUAGAACUUAAAAUAAGAAAAGGAAAAUCAUUACCCAAAAUAAUUGUUUAA